UCGGAAGUCAAUUUUUAGAAACCUUUAACCUUUACUUUUCGUCAUCAUGGCAUACGUUCCCCCCGUAAAGAAGGACGUCGCUCUGUCCGAGGAAGAAGUUGUGCACCGUAUUCGCAUCACUCUGACUUCGCGUAACGUCACCAACCUUGAAAAGGUCUGCGCCGACCUCAAGAAAGGGGCUGUCGACAAGAAUUUGCACGUUUCCGGCCCAGUCCGAAUGCCGACCAAGAUUUUGCGGAUUACCACCCGUAAGGCUCCUUCCGGUGAGGGUACGAACACAUGGGAUCGUUUCGAAAUGCGGAUUCACAAGCGUCUGAUUGACCUCCAUGCCCCAUCCGCUGUUGUGAAGCAGAUCACUAACAUCAGCAUUGAACCCGGUGUCGAGGUUGACGUAACCAUAAAUGAUCGUUAGACUAUUAAAGACAAUAGUGUCACCUUGAAUUG